UAAAGCACGCACCCCCACUUCGCGAGCUUCCUUUCUGAUAACGGGGUCUCCGUCCGCGUGGAAGUCAAUGAAAUAACAGGCGUCGUUUGUACACUGGUUUUAGACUGGACUAGCCUCACCCAUGGCGCAAACUAUUAGUUGAUCUUGGGAGGGGAUUUUUGUUUUGUAUUUAUUUGUUUCUGCAGAUAACUCAAAACGAGUGCCAAAAACAAGAGUGAAUGCUAAAGAGAUCUUUUCUGACGGACGGGGUAAAGUGUCCUUUCAGAGGUGCGCGCGCAUGCGCAGGGCUUUAGUUUCCAAGAACAGCAAUUGUGCGUUGCGCGUGAUCCGGAAGUGACUUAGAUCUUCUGCGCGCGGAAGUUCCUUGCAGGGCCGUGCAUGCGCGUUGGGUGGUCCAGGAGCUGCGAGGUGAAUAUUAAAAGAAACGUGGUACCGGAGGCUGUUCUAUGUUAGCUAACUAAAGUUGUUCAAGUUUGGAUUUUUUAAAGAGCGUGGAAAUGGAGUCUAAGAAGGAGCUCAUGAGUGACCAGCGGUUUUCCCGCAUUACAAAAGACCCAAGAUUUUGGGAAAUGCCAGAAAAAGAACGCAAAAUCAAAAUUGACAGAAGAUUUCAGGCUAUGUUUCAUGAUAAGAAAUUCAAGUUGAAAUACACUGUGGAUAAACGAGGACGACCUGUUUAUCACAGCUCUACAGAGGACCUGAAACGCUUUUAUGACCUUUCCGAUUCCGAUCUUUCAGAUUCUAGCCAUAAACUAACUGAGAAGAAACCUGAGAGGGAAAAGACUAAGGCUGAAGAAAAGAGAGGCUCUGAGAAGUCCUCUGUUGACAGUAGCUCUGGGGGAGAAAGAAAAGGGACAGGUAAAAGUAUUUUAAAAAAUGAAAGCCACAAAAGCAAAUCGUCCAAGUCCAAAAAGACUGUAAGAGGCAUACAGGUGUUUGAAUCUCCACCAGAAAAGGAACUUGAACCAAAACAGCAAAACAAGCAAGGUGGAAAUUCUGCAGAGAAACAGAAAACUGUAAAAAAGAAAGCAGUGAAAGGUCACAGCAUAGAAAGUUAUGUAACCCAUAAAAGAACUGAAUUAGCAAACGAAGAUGAUUCUUCAGGCAGUCAUAUUAAUGAAAAUUGUUUAGAAAAUGAAAGUUGUAAAAAUGAGGAGAGCUUUGAUCUUGAAGAAAUGGAAAGCAGCGAGGAAAUUGAAGAGGAAAGCGCGUCUGAAGAUGGUGGGGAUCUGGAAGAGGAAAGCAAUUUGGGACAUGACGGAGGAAUGAGAGAAGAAAGUGAUUCAGAAAAUGAAGUAGAAGGAAAUCAAAGUGAGACAGAUGAUGGUGAAAGUGACAGUGGGCCUGAUUUGGCAAGGGGAAAAGGCAAUAUAGAAAGCAGCUCGGAGGAUGAAGAGGAGGAGGAUUUGACUGAGAUAUUUCCAAAGGAGCCUGAAGUUGUACAUGAAUGGGGAGAACUGGCUAAAGAUGCCCCUCGUGGAGAUAAGAUCACGUGCAGAUUGGCGGUUUGCAACAUGGACUGGGAUCGACUGAAAGCAAAGGACCUACUGGCUUUAUUUAAUUCAUUUACACCUAAAGGUGGUGUUAUCUUUUCUGUUAAGAUUUAUCCUUCAGAGUUUGGAAAAGAGAGAAUGAAAGAAGAGGAAAUGAAUGGCCCGACAGAACUAUUAAGCCUUCCUGAAGAUGUCACAGAGAAGGACAGCAUUUUUAAGGAAAAACUGAGGGACUAUCAGUUCAAGCGACUGAAAUAUUUCUAUGCGGUUAUAGAAUGUGACUCUCCCGAAACAGCCAAUAAAAUUUAUGAAGAAUGUGAUGGAUUAGAAUUUGAAAGCAGUUGUUCUUUUGUGGACCUGAGAUUUAUUCCAGAUGAUGUGACAUUUGAUGAUGAGCCAAAGGAUGUGGCCUCAGAAAUGGACGGAGCUGCUUAUAAACCAAAGUAUUUUACAUCUGCUGCUGUGGCAACAUCAAAGGUAGACAUCACAUGGGAUGAGAUGGAUCAUGAAAGAAUGACUUACCUCAGCAAAACGUUUAAAAAAGAUGAACUUCUGGACAUGGAAUUCCAAGCAUACUUGGCUUCAUCAAGCGAGGAAGAGGAGGAAGAAGAACAGCAAGAUUGUGGUGUAAAGCACAUGACAGACAGUGAUAAACAUAAGCACCACCCCAAGGAUGAUGAAGAACAAAUAGCAAAGUACAGAGAGCUCCUUCGGAGUAUCCAGGAAAAAGAAAAGAAGCAUCAAGAAACUGAGAUGGAAAUGGAGAUUAAGUGGGUUCCAGGACUUAAAGAAAGUGCUGAAGAAAUGGUAAGAAACAAGAUGGAAGGAAAGGAUAAACUGACACCGUGGGAACAAUUUCUAGAAAAGAAGAAAGAGAAAAGGAAACUGAAGAAAAAACAGAAGGCUGCUGCUGAGGAAACGCUGAAUGAAGAUGAAUGCCCACCGGAUGUUAAUUUAAAUGACCCAUAUUUUGCCGAGGAACUUGGGAAAGCAGGUUUGAAUAAGAAGCUUAAGAAAGAAGAAAACAACCAAGAUAAGAAAGAUGACACAGAAAAACAUAAGGCUGAAAUGGCUCUGCUGGUGAUGGAUGAUGAGGAAGAUGAAAGGAGACACUUCAAUUAUGACAAGAUAGUGGAACAGCAGAACCUGAGCAAAAAGAAAAAGAAGCUAUUAAUGAAAAAGAAGGAACUGCUGACAGACGAUUUCCAGGUUAAUGUUGCUGAUGCCAGAUUCCAAGCCAUGUACACUUCCCAUCUGUUUAAUUUGGAUCCUUCAGAUCCGAACUUUAAGAAAACAAAAGCAGUGGAAAAGAUUUUGGAGGAGAAAGCUCGCCGGAGAGAGAAGGGCUUUACUGAGGCAAUUGGGAGGGAGGACAGUAUGGCAGAGACUGCAGCCAGGAAAUCUGUGGAUUCUGCAUUGUCAAUGUUGAUUAAAUCUGUCAAGAAUAAAACGGAACAAUUUCAAGCAAGGAAAAAACAGAAAGUCAAAUAAGCAGCUUUCUUUUAGUGAAGAUGAAAACUCUGGGCUUCUAAAGAAAUCAGAGUUAAUGUUAAUUUACUUGCUAAUUCAAGCUUACGUCCUUGCAAAAAAUAGUUGACCGAUGAUUUUCAGAAAUUUCACCCUAAAAACAAAUGUAACAUGCUGUGAAGAUUGUUGACGGAGUUUGGUUUAAUAAAAAAAAAUCCUUAUUUGGGCAAUCUGUCCAUACCUGUGUGAGAGAGCAGGGUUUUAGAUCACAUGGGGAGCCUCCACAAGUAGAGGAGGCUGCUCAUGUCACACAUUUGCCCUCCAACUCGUCAGAAGAUGGGAGUGGGGGCAUGGCAGCGCACUUCUGCUGUCCCUCAUGGGAUUGUUUAUCAAACAUAUUGACAGAAUUCUCAGAUAGGGCCCCAAGUGUUUGUCAUUUUUAUAAUAUGCAACUGAUACUGAGAUGGUAAAAGCUUCAGACAAGAUUUUUCUUCAUAUGAUGUACUUCAUAUUUUGGAGAUCUGCAAGCAUGUCAGCAAAAUGGAUUAACUGAAAACAUUGUAUGACUACCAUGAAUAUGUGAUUUGUACUACUAUAAAUAAAAAAA